CUGCGUCUUCCCAGAGAAAAGGAAAGAUAACUUCCCGGACAAACAUCCCUUCUCCUUUCUUCGUUUCGUGCUUUCCUCUCCUUCUUCCUAGCGCGCGCAGACUUGUCCGCCACUUCACGGAAAUUCCCCAAGAAUACCUCUACAUAUAUAUACGCCGCCCGCCUCCAUUCCGGUGUUCCUAGUUUCCACUCAUCCGACGCUGCACCCGAAUCCCCGCCCCACGAAGCUUCGUCGCGCAAGGUGAUGCUUUUAGCAACAACAGGCAUCAAACAAUGUCGCUGAGUUAUGAUGGGUCUCAAAGUGAGGAUCGGCAAAGUGAGGAGGUUCAGUCAGCAUACAAAAAGUUCAGUGCAGGGGAUGAGGAUGUGAUAAGGGGUUUUGUAAAUUUGGAUGAAACUGAAGAGCAAAAUGAAGAAAAUGAGUGGAGUUGGGUGCCCCAAGAGGAGGAUCCUCUUGCUGAAUCAGCUUCUUCGCUUGAGAAAGCACAAGAAGUUCUUGAAAAAUUCUUCAAGAAAAAUGAAGAUCUUGAAACUGAGAUGCUGAAAUUGUCAGAACUUGGCAAGGAGUUUGUGGCUGAGGAUUCACAUGAUGGCAACAUAGGUUUGCCUUAUAUAGGGGCUGAUGUACUGGGGAUGAAUCAAAAGAUGGAAUGUCUUGAACUGAAACUGAAAGAAGCGUCAGAUACUAUCACAGAGAAGGAUUCAAGAUUAUCCGAGCUCCAGUCACUUAUCAACAGUGCACAUACACCAACGCUGCAGACGGAGCCCGUCAACGUUGAUGAGUUGGAGACCGAGCUUGAGAGCCACCUUCAGGACAAAAUCGAAGCCGAGAUUCAGUGUCUGGUCAUGGUGAAAGCAAGGCAAAACUGGCAAGCCCGGGCCGAGGACCAGAUUGCCUUGGAGGAGCACAAGCUCUCCGCCGGGGAAGACACAAGGAUGUUGCUCAAGCUACAAGACACGGAGAAGAAGAUCGUGAUGCUGAAGGAGCAGGUGGACAGACUAGAGGCCCACGAGAAGGAGCUGUCGGUGACGACGGAGGUCCUGAGGAUGCAAAGCAAGACCUUCAAAAUCGGCCUCUUCGGUCUCCUCCAGCUGAUCAUGCUGUGCCUUUCCCUCAAGAUGUUCUUCGCCCAGGACUCUGCCCGCUUCGGCGAUCUCGUGCCGACAUGAUGGCUAACUAGUUAGCGCUUGUUUUAGUCUGUAUGUAUGUAAAUUCGGUCGAUUGAUUUGCCUCGUGUUAGGUCUGACCUCGGCACGGUGAAGCUGCUGCCACGCUGUGAAAGUGUAACCCGUGUGAAACUACGCGUGUCCUGCUGUAAAUUAUGUGUGUGCAUAAAUAUAUAUGGUAUAUCUAGGUUUGCCUGACUAA